GGGAAGCAGGCGAGGCAGAGGAAGGAACACUAGUGCAUUUCUUGCUGCUACUGCUGCUGCGGUGUCGGCGGAGAAGGAGAGUGGAUUUGCAUCAGGUGAUCCCUCUUCUCCUCUCCUCUCCUCUCCCGCCUUCACCUCUCGUCCUUCCUCUUCUUCUGCUUCUAUCUCUGUGUCUCACUCCCCCGGUCACUCCUUUCACCGAACUUGACCCGAAUUGGAUCAUGGUUUGGUUUCAGUGUGAGAGUUGCGGUGAGAACCUGAAGAAGCCCAAGCUUCAAGGUCACUUCCGUGGCUGUGCUGCUCGGAAGUUAUCUUGUAUCGACUGUGGGGUUGUCUUCGACCAGCAAAGCGUCCAAGUGCAUACCUCUUGCGUUACGGAAACUGAGAAGUAUGGACCGAAAGAUGGUAGUAAUGGUUCUGCUCAAAAACCCAAAAGUUCACAAGCGGUCAAAGCUGGCGAAGUGGACCUAAGCAUCGGAUUGUCCACUAGUCCUCCUUGGAACUGCAGUUUAUGUAAAGUUAAUGCCACAAGCUACGAGACAUUAGAGGGGCACUCUCAGGGGAAAAAGCACCGCGCUAAGGCUAAGGCUGCACAAGCAAAGAUCAAGGCAGAAACUGAGCAGGACUGUACUACACCAAAUUCGCAAUCAAAUGGCUCUGUAUCCAAAGCAGCAUCGGAAACAAAUGAUUUUAAACCAGUUGUAAAUGGUAAUUUGUUACCUAGUGCCGAAGGGAAGGAGCAGAAUCCUAAGAAGCGAAGAAAAGUUCUUGUCGUUAAUGAAAGAGAAAAGGAAGUAGCUAUACUAAAAAAGAAGGAUGGGAAUGGUGAUGUAGUCGUGGAUGCCGUGGUGAAGGAAGAUGCAAGUAUCAAGAAUGGUGAUGGGAACAAGUCAGAGGUUAAGGAUUCUGCUGCAGGUACAGUCCGCAAUGGCAAACCUAUCAAAUGGAAAAAGCUUGCAACCAAAGCCCUUUUGAAGGUUUCAGAUAAACGUAUGAAAAUAAAGGAGUUGAUGAAAGAGCUCCUACCAUCGGAUACAUCGGUAGCAGAGGAAUCGGACAAGAAGGCGCUAGAAAAACAGCUGAUUACAACGUUGAGUGCCUCCUCCAAAUUUGAGGUGAAUGGAAAAUGGGUUACUCUGGUAAAAGAAUUGUAGUGGAUACUGUUGAAAGGCUCUGGCUUCAAUCAACCGGACUUUGGAUGCUAGUUAUCCGAAGUAUGCAGUUAUUCCUUGUUAUUCCUUGAUGGCAUUAGAGCGUUGUAGGUGUGCUGGAGGCGGGAGGGUUUUGGUUAGUUUUCUUUUUUGAGGAUUUAUAUCAGGAUGGUACAAGCUCUUUUUUUCUACACCUGAAAGUAAUUGUCAUACGGAACCAGGUAAAAACAUUCUAUGAGAAAUCACAUUUUUGGAAUUGGUGCUAUAAUUUAAGAGGAAUAUGAUGGUAUUCAGUCCUUGUACUGGUCCUAAUUCCUUCAUUCGUACA